CCUCAGGGCGUUCACCGGAUAGGCUUUCAAGAUAAGAAUGGUGACUGGCGGUGCAGUUACGCUGGGUGCCGAUCCCUCGCUGUGUUUGAGCGUGCCUGCGACCUCCGCAAGCACCAUUCAACACACAACAAGGCUUUCUUCUGUCCGCGCCCCGAAUGUGCGUCAUCCGGCGUUGGAUUCGCAUACCCCAAGGACUAUAGGCGUCAUCUUCGCUCUCACAAACCAAGCAUCCCAUGCCUCUACGCAUUAUGUGGCAGGUUAUUCAGCCGGACGGAUAACAUGAGCCACUUCAGCAAGAUGCAUGUGCGGAAGAGAAACACUCUAUUCGCUCGACCGUGCCGAAACCGGGGCAAGAGUCGUGUACACCUGCAGUCCUUUGAGAGUUACCCGCAGGCGACAAGCCAGACUUUCCACCCAAACCAAACGGCCGGAGGUGACCUACAAUCUCAAAGUCUUGAGCUCGCAAGUUCAAGCCUGAGUGACACUUUGUAG